ACCUCUUCAUCUCUGCGGUAUGAUACAGUCAAAAAUCAAUACAAUCGAUAAUGCAGUACUGUUCCAAAAAAAAAGGGCCCCAAGACAACAGUCGUACCCAAUUACCUUAUCGGGGUGCAUCCAUCUACUCCUCUGCCCCCUUACAAAAGCUCUCUCUCGUACGCGCACCAUCCAUUACGUCACGUUAACACCCGUGCGUGUGUACCCAGUGGAAGGCAUCAUACUUACCCACCAUCAUUCUCUCAUGCUACCUCAUCAAUAGUGAGCAAAAAAAACCCCAAAGAUUCGGCGUGUUCUCCUCUCAACUAUACCCUGAAACCUUCACUGCCAUACCACCUCAACCGUAAGCGGGGCGAGUUCGCUCUCACGCCGUUCGACGAGCCCGCCGCUAACAAAAGCUCCACAGCGUGCAACGGUUCGUUUCAAUAAGCGUUUUGAGUUCGAUUCGAGAGGAUCAAUUCAACACAGUGUUUGCUUGCCUCCAGCGUGCUCCUAGCUCAGCUUCAUCGAAAUUCCUUUUCCCAUCUAAUCACACCGUAUAUUAACACCAGCAAUCACCACCACUCCGCGAUGGCUUACCGUUUCGCCUGCGUUCUGCUGACCGUGGCCCUGUGUGCCGCCCCGGCCCUUAGCUUCUCGGCCGGUGCACCGAACGGUGCCUGCGGCGACAUGAUCCCGCAGCACCACACCGACCCGCAGAAGUCGGCCGCCCCGUACCAGAUCAUCCUUUCGAAGAAGCAGAUCAACGCCGGCGAAGGUGUCACGAUCACCGUGCAAGGUAACAGCGCCAAGGACACGAUCAAGGGGCUGCUCUGCCAGACGCGCGUAGGCGAAACGCCGGUCGGUGCAUUCGACGUGCCGCCGAACAACAACUACAUCCAGAAGCUGGACUGUGGCAACUCCAAGGCGUCGGCCAUUACGCACAAGAAGAUUACGACCCCCCCGAACGCCAUCACCUUCAACUGGAUCGCCCCGAAGGGACUGAGCGAGCAGGCUCAGGUCUACUGUACGAUCGCACUGAACGGUGGCGUCUUCUGGGUGAAGCACACGUCCGACUUCCUGAAGGUGAACUAAGCACUGGACGGGGGCGUCAACCAACCGGUGUGUAUGUCUGCGGUCCCGGUGACCGGCCACCGGGGAUGUACCUCUUUACGAGUGGUUCGGAGCAGUAUUAUGGAGCGGAGAGCGAGCAAACCUACUACUAGAGAGCUGACUUUUUUUUUGUUCACCAUCGGGAAGACUGUGUCUUUCCGAUUUUUACCCAACCGGACAACUCAUUCUCAUUAGCUUACGAAGAUUUUCCACACCCCAAAUCUUCCCGUUUUACCUGAAAUGACAAUAAAAACACAUUAUUAUUGACAAAAAAAAUACAACAAAAUACAAAACUAUCGCGUCUAUUCUACUCAUUGUACUUUAUUGGUUGUGAUGUGUUAUUAGUUAUAAAUUCGUGAAAAGUUCAUUAUUAGUUCUACAUUUAAAAAAAAAUACAUACCGCCAAGGUAAAAUGGCAGAUAUAUGGCAUAUCAAAGACCGACGGAAGGGAAGCGUGUAGUGUCGUGUGAAAUUUGUUUCACCUUCGUCUUCUAGGUUUUUAAAAAUGGCGUUCAGUGUGUGUGUGUGUGU